CUCUCUCUCUUCCAUCACCCGCAAAGGGUUUUUUUUGGGCAACCAAAGUCUCAACCCUAAACUAAAAAAAAACCAAAGUCUCUAUCUUUGAUCACACUAAUAUAAAACCCUAGUUAUCAACUCAUGGCAGAAUUUUUUUUCAAAAAAAAAAAACUCAUGGCAGAAUUCAAGAUAAAAUUCAAUAAAGGUCAUGCCUUUACAAGCAAAUACGUAUCCUUGGUGAAGGAACAACGAGCUCGUCUCUAUAUUCUCCGCCGUUGCGCCACCAUGCUUUGCUGUUGGUACAUCCAUGGCGAUGAAUAGAGAGUCAUUUGAGAUCUCCUUCAAAUUAACCUCUACAUAUAACUAAUUAUGUAUAUAGAUGUUCCUCUCCUUCCAUCUCUUUUUCUUGAAGCUCCAUUGAUGUUGAAGCUCUCUGUUUGUGCUGGUGGCGGCAUGGCGUGAUCCCUCUCGACAGAACUUUUGAUUUUCUCUCUUUUUUUGGUGCAAGACCCGGUAAAAAUCUUGUCUUUUUUAAACCUAAAAUCUUUUGGGCUUUUAUUUUUUUCAUGGGUUAUUUUGCAUCAAUCAAAAGAGAGAUAGACUUUAUCAGCAGUGGAGGUUUUACUGUUUCUGGAACAUAUGGAGAGAGAGACGGCAUGGAUGAUUAUGUUAUAUGUUAGAAAAUGAGUUCCUACUAUGAGAUCUUGUGGAAGGUUUGAGUUUAGUUUCACUUUUACCAAAGAAGUCUAUUUUGGUUUCAUACAUAUAUAUCAUAAGAUCUUCUUGUUUGAUUUUUGCCUCUGGUUGUUAACCAAUGCGAGAAUUUUAUAUAUAAGAAU